UCCGGUCCUCAAAUCAACAAGGAAGUUCAACCAAUAAAUGAGAAACGACAUCUUCUCCGUUUCCUCACCUCAAACCCGUUAGACGGUAUAUUCUCCCCCCCCCCCCACAGGAAGGUCGCCGUCCACCUGUCGGUAUGGCGAUGUCAACGUUUCAGAAGGUGACCCUCGCGACGUGUCUCGUGCUGUGCGUCGCUCUGCUGCUGCCCAGAAUGCUGUUAUCCCGCGGGAAGAAGGAUGCUGAGCGGCCGGAGGGCUCAGGUCGCUUCCCUCCAUUGAUGCGCAGUCAGGCGGUCCCGGAGGGGCGAGGCCAGAAGGCUGCAGGCUCCGGCUUCUCCAGAGCCCACAACUCCGAGGCCGCAGCCAGGGCCAAGGGAGCAGGAACAGGGGCAGGAACCGGGGGCAAGUCCAACCUGGCGGGACAGAUCAUCCCCGUGUACGGCUUCGGGAUCUUACUCUACAUCCUCUACAUACUGUUUAAGAUCACAUCUAAGGGCAACAACAAGCCAGCCGAGAGCCGGUUUCCUUCAGUUCGGUCAGAGAACAAGAAGAGAAAGAUCACUGACUUUGAGUUGGCCCAGCUGCAGGACAAACUGAGGGAAACAGAGAUGGUGAUGGAGAAGAUUGUUUCCAACGCCCACCACAGUCCUGGCAGGGCGAAGGGGGUGACAGCGGAUCAGGAGGAGAGUCUCCUGCAGCAGCUGACGGAGAUCACCCGGGUGAUGCAGGAGGGCCAGCUGGUGGACAACAUGGCACCAGAGAAGAAGACCCAGGAGGACUGGGAAGUUUCUGCAGAUUACCCUGAGGAGCCUCAAGAGCCGUGGGAUCAUUCCCACUGCUGCUGUCAGCACAGUCAGCAAGACCCCAGUCCCCGGACGGAGACGGAGGCCGAGGGGACACGAGCUGAUGGAGCCGACCUAGAAAACCUUUCUGAGGAUGUUACAGGUGGAGGAGAGGCUGCACAGGGAGUAGAGGGUCUGAAUAUAGAGAGAGGAUCUGAAUUUACAGUAGCAAGUGAAGAGAAUGUGGAGCCAGAGAGCGUGAGGGCGGACAAGCGUGAACACAAGGAAGGGGGGUUUCAGAUGGAUCUGGGUGUCCCUGAGGACGACCUGGCUGGAGUCCUGAAGGAGCUGCAGCUCACACUGGAGAUGACGUCCAUGAUGGAGCAGGAGAAGGUGGAGGACCUGACCAGGACGACGGAGACUUCCUGCAGCGCCGUCAGACGGAGGAACAAGAGGAGGAGAGCCAAGAAAGCCUCACACUGACUCCCAACGGGACGCCAUGUGAACUUAAGCCUGGGCUUCUUUUAAAUCUGUUCUCAGCAGGCGGGUUGUUUCGCCAGCCUUGUUUAUCUUUACUUGAAGUAAGUAAGUGAGAAAAUGGGUGUGCGGGGCAGUUUUAUAGCAGUGACAUCCACGGGCUAGAACAGGAGCCAGUGUAGUUUAUAGUGGUGUGCAAAAAAAUCGAUUCACAUUCGUAUUGCAAUUCAAGCUCUACAGAUUCAAAAUCAAUUCAUAUUUAUUUAUUUUUAAGUUUUGUAAUGGCAUGUAUACUAUCACAUGGGAAAAGUAACUAGUUUUUUAUUUUAAAGAUGAUUUUUGGCCUUAUUUUUGACAGGACAGAUGAAGACAUGAAAGGGAAGAGAGAGACAUCCAGCAAAGGGCUGCAGGUUGGAGUUGUAGAACAGUGGAAACCCUUGUAAACAAACCCAGUAUUGAAUUCUGUUACGGGAGUGUUAUUUAUCAUAAGUCACCUGUUACUUUUAUCCAGCCUCUUUUCCUGUAAAAUGAUUUCACGUUAUUUACAAGUGCUUGAAUUAGAGGUGUUUUUUCAAAAUGUGUUACCAGCACACACAACUGAAUCAGGCCACUUGAAAACACACUUGUUCUGUAAAUGAAUACAUUUCAAAAACAUCAGAAAGAAAUAAUUUGCAAGAAAGGGAAACACUAAUGAUGUUACUUUCAUCACUUUAAUAGACUGGGGCGAUUGUGCCUUUUCUUCCUGCCAUCUUUAGAUCUAAGAUGCACAUUUAUUAGACCAGGAAUUCCAUUCAUCACCAUAAGUGCGAUGAGGAACAAUACAUGCACUGUACUAAAUUAAAGCAAAGGGCACAGAAAUAGUUCCCGUUUUAUCUUCUUCUCAGUGUUUAGGGAGAAAUCUUCUGUACUGAUAACUUUUUAGAAUUAUUUUUCAAGAACUAAUACAUUUUAAGAUUUUAACAAACCUUUUGUCUUAUGUUUCAAAUUAUUUAAAGAUUUUUACUUUUAUAAAAUUAAUUUAUUCACUGUUUAGAACGGCACCUGCGUAUGGCAUAUAAUAGUGAUAGAAUAACUUCUAUAAAAUGUUCUAGGUUAA